AUGGUUUUGGAAAUACAGUUAGUUAUUGGUGUUGAUGGCCUUCUGAUAUCUCAUAGUAGUAAUAAUCAACUUUGGCCAAUUUUAGCAUAUGUUAAUCCUGAUAAUUACACACAAGAAAAAAAGGUAUUUCCUAUUGGUUUAUUUUGGGGUAAAAGUAAACCAACAGAUAGCAAUGCAUUUCAAUAUGAUUUCAUAGUUGAAGCUAAAAUACUAUUAUCUGAUGGCCUAAAAAUUAGUCAAAUAAAUCAGCCAAUCCCUGUAAGCAUUUUUGCUAUAUGUUGUGAUGCACCGGCUAAGACAUUUUUAACAAAAACAAAAAGGCAUACCGGACUUGCUUCUUGUUCAAAAUGUACACAAGAAGGUGUGUAUUUAUGUAAUUGUACUUGUUUCCCUUACAAAGAUAAUUUGCCAUCUUUGAGAACUCAUGAAAGUUUUGUUUUAAGAACCCAUGAUGAUUAUCAUAUUACAAAU